CCAGUCAGAGAGCGCGCACGCACCUCUCGUGGGGACAGAGAGAAAGACGUGUGAUUUCUCUUUGUACUGAAUGAAGAGUUGAGGCCGGCUCCGCUACCGCUCACCUCUCUUUUUAUAUAAGCAGAGUUUGCAUGCUGUAAAUAGCCCAAUAAGCCGGUUACACUUUACGUUUCACCGCAACCGUCGGUCCUCUUUUGUUUUGUGGAAGCGGCCGAUUACUGCCAAUGUCCCUUUGAGCGAUUUUUUUUGGACAACAAAAGCAUCAGGUCCAACGUUGUUUCUUCGGGGGAAGUCACACAUUGAUCAGCCGGGAUUUUCUCAGUGCGGAGAAGCGAACAGCCACACACCGCUUCGCCUCCUCUCCGUCGCCCCUUUCACACUUCCACAUCUCCGGGGGCGAUUUUUUCUUCCUCGAACCGAGCGACCAUGGCUGCUGUAACGAGCCCGGAGACGAGCCCUCAACCCCGGGUAUAUUUCCAGACGCCGGCCGGCACCACGGAGGAACCGGAGACACCCGUUCGGAAGCAGGGACGCGUAACCGUCAAAUACGACCGUAAGGAGCUGAGGAAGAGACUGAACCUGGAGGAGUGGAUUAUCGACCAGCUAACGGACCUCUACGACUGUGAGGAGGAGGCCAUUCCUGAGCUUGAGAUUGAUGUGGAUGAGCUGCUGGAUAUGCCUAGUGAUGUUGAACGGGGAGCCAGGGUCAAGGACUUACUGGUUGACUGUUUUAAACCUACUGAGGACUUCAUCUCAGAGCUGCUGGACAAGAUCCGAGGGAUGCAGAAGCUGUCCACGCCUCAGAAGAAAUGAUGGCGUCCCUCCUACUCCAUCCCUCCACCCCCACAUCCUCCCUUUCACCUCAGCCCUCACCUGUCGUCUUCCUACUGUGCUUUCCAUCUUUUUAUUUUGACGUCUUCCAUUGCUGAUCUCCAUGAAA